UUUUGCUCCAGUACUAGCAUCACAGACUGGCAAAGAUGGCAAAUUCAAGCCUUGUUAUCCAGGUAACUUCUCUGUUUCAGUUCAGUAGCUGCAUCAAUUACACUGAAGAUUUCCAAUCACUAUAUAAAAGCAUCAGUUUCUGUAAAGCUUGAAUUCAAAAUCUAAAAACAGUGAAUUAAAAAAGGUUUUUAAGUAUGUAUAGCUUGAACUAAAGAAAAUAAUAUGAUACAAAAAUAAAUUGUUAUGGCAAAAUGUAUCAAAUGAAUACAUUUUUUUUUUUUUCAAUUUUAAUUGCUAUUGAUUUCUUCUUUAUAAUUUUCUUUCUGAUAGUUCCAUUACUUGCUGGAAAUACAAAUUUAUUCAAGUUAUUGGUGAAGGGGAAUCAUCGCUCUUGAUUUCAGCAGAGGUAAGGCAUACAAAAUACACAUACAGACUGGAAAUUAUGGUUUUUAAUUACUGUAACUGUCUCUGGAAAAUACCAGUACCUCCUGUUAUACCUGUCAACUUUAUACCUACAUUUAUAUGAAUUUUUUUCCGAAAGUGUUGUAAAACAUCAUUUUUGAAGAACCUAUUAAUUACUUUCAGCAUAUGGUUAAAAACUUGCCUCUUAACCCUUCAACUCCUAGAAAUGAUCAAAAAGUAACUUCUCCCUUCAAUAUCUUUACAUUAUAUAGCAAACAGGUAAUGAGAUACUCAAACUGAUCAGGAAGAAGUUGUUGUCUUGAUCUAACACCAAAUUCUAGUAAUAGUUUAAUAGAAAAGCUGCAGCAACUAGAGGGGAGAAUUAACAAUCUGAUCUAAGGAGUUAAAUGGGAUAAGACAUUCAAAGGUGUUUGAAAUGCAAUUCAGAGGUGUAUCAUAUGUUUCAAUUAAGAUAACCUCUUCCAUAGCUUCAAAGGCCCAUAUUCCUUCUAGAAACAGACCAAAACAUUUGAAAUCCAAGGGGCUGUGUUGCUUAAUUCCAAUCUCAGCUUCUAUUAAAGACAAUGUUUCGUGAUGGAGCUUUUUUGUGAUUGGAUAAAAACUGUUCAGUUCACACAGUAUGCUUGUAUAUUCACCAAAGCUAACAUUCAUGUAAUUUUCUUUGUAAAGGAUACAUACCAUUUUGAAAAGAAGCAAGUUGCUAUAAAGAUAAUGAAUUUGGAUUAUUCCAGACUUGGAGCUCAGGUACACUGUAUCUGUUUAUAGAGUUUAAUAUGCAUACAGCUGUAAGUGAUAAGGUGCAUUUCAGACAAGCAAGCUACAAAUAAAUCUGUUAUAUGCAGAGCUGAGAGUGCUACUGAAACUGCAUCUACUGAAAAGAGCUUGUAUGCAAGCAUGUGUACCUUGACAUGAGGUAUACAUUGUCAGUGGAAACUGUUCAAGAUGAAGUGUACAUGUUCAUGCAAAGAUCUUUGGGUUGAUUUCCUGCAAGGUAAAUUAGAUUAACUUACUAUCUACUUUGUAUUACAUGAGUUUACUUUUUAUUUACAAAACUGUUGUAGGAGGCAGAUUGCAUUCAACAGCUCAACAAGGCUGAUCCUCUCCAUGUUCCCAGAACUGUCCAGUUGUUUGUAAGUCAUGAAUGUACAAUCCUUUUUUUUAGUACUGAAUCACAUGAAACAAAAUAUUUGCAUGUUGUUAAAUUGGACUGAUUUUAUACAGUCACCGUAAGUAUCACUCCACCUUUUUGAUACCAUAUGAAAAAUCAUGAAAAGAGAAGAAACUGACCCUACUGAAGGACAAAAAUGAUGUAAACUCAACAUUAUUAAACACCACUGGCCUUAACUGACAAGGCAAUUCUACCAAUGACCUUGGAUUGAGAAUGGUGAAUGCUUUGCCUUUCAUCCAUCAACUUGAUAGAGUGGUGCAAACUAGGUUUUUUGCAUGUCAACACUUAGUUGAGUUAGCACUUAGUUGGCAGUAUCAAACAUGCAUGAAAAAUUAUUGUAAUUUACUUGACAGUUACAGCUUUUCUUGUAAAACACCACAGUCUUAAUAUUAUGAUUUCCAAUUGGUUCUUUGUUUUACAAUAAUUAUAACAUAGCACUGAUAUAUUUGGUACAUGACUACAAGAAUGUAUUCUAUGUAGAGGACCCAGUUCACUGACCUUGCAUUUUUGCCAAUUUGACAUAUUUGCUUGUGGAUUUUUAGAAUGUUUUCAGUUUUGAGGGCCAUUACUGCUUGGUUUUUGAGCUGUUGAGACCUCGGCCACUCCAUCAAUACUUUCAGGUUGGUUAAAUUAUAAACAGUUUGAUUUAGUAUUAUCAACUGAGUUGGUAAUGUAAAUUGGCCUCUGUUAAGAGUUUCAAAGCUGAUGUUUCAAGCAUUAGCCCUUUGUCAAAGGGAAUGGUGAAGGGCUAACAUUUGAAAUGUCAGCUUUGAAACUCUUAAUGGUGGCUAAUUUAUGUUAUCAACUCAGUUAAUAAUACCAAAUUACCUUGUCAUACUCUCCCACUAAUACAGUGCCAUUGUUUGCUUUAGAAAUUUACUGGCUUUAUUGAAUUAUAAACAUGCUAUUAAGGAAUCCAAGAGCUUUCCCUUUAAAUCAAUUAUUCUACUUUGUACUGUUGUAUCUCUACUGAUGUAAGUAUUAUAUUUUAAAUCAUCUUCUUCACAGAAAUGUCAGUUUGAUAACGAGGUAAGAGUGUUUAAUGUAUUACCAUCUGUGCAUUGUAUGUUUUCAUUGUUAAAUUGAUUGUCACCUUUGUUAACAACAUGAUUGAUUUAAUAUACAUAUUUUUGGCAAGAUCAACAUCUAACCAUGUACAUUCUGUAAUAUCAGUCACUCAACAGUGUUUUCUUGAUUUUGUUUACUAUUAGGAUGACGAACUGAAAGUCAUCAGGAAAAUAACUUUUCAAGUGAGCAAACCUUUUUUUAAAUUCUUAUAAAUACUUUUGAUUUAAUUUAUUUCAAAUACAAUUGCAUCAGUUUUCUUUUGUCAGCUAUAAGAACUUACAAAGACCAUUUUAAAGUUAGCUUUAAUGAAGAUGAAACUUGUUGUGCAUCAAAUUUAUUGAAAUCAAAAUAAUAGUUUUUUUUCAUAUAAUAAAUUGAUGUGGUUAUUUGCUUGUAGCUCUUACAAGCUCUUGGAUUCCUAAGGAGGUAAGAUUAUCAAUAGGUGUUCUUCUUAGACUCUCUAGAAUUACUCAUCUGUACCCACAAGUGGCUUCAUUUUAUUUCAUUGUUAAGGGAAUCUUCUCGUGCCCAUCUUUUGGUGAUGCCACCAUGUUGUUGCAGGUUGGAAGUGGGAUGUUUAUUCUGCAUUUUGGCAAAUAAAAGGGGAUCUUUUUCAAAGGGGAGUGAUCAUUUGAGAGGAGGGACUGAUUUCAGGAUUUUAUGUGCUUUAAUUGAUCUCAUUCAACUUUCCAUAUGAAUCCACAGACAGAAUGUCAUCCAUGCUGACUUGAAACCAGAGAACAUUCUUUUUGAAGAAGGUGAAGUAGGGUGUUUGCAACAAAUUGUCAAAAAAUUUGAUUUAACUUAAUGGACUUAAAAAGUCUUCCUUUUUAAAGAUAGUUGUAAUAUUUUGAUCUGGUUAAAUAUAAAUAACAGUUGUACAUAGCAUUUUGUAAGAAAAACAGACCAACAUUUUAUACAGAUUCUGAAGAUAUGCAAUAUAGUGGUCAGUGAAAGACUACUUUGAUGAAUACUCAGAGUUCAUAUCAGCUACAAUUAUUUGCCUAACAAAAAACAUCAUGAAUAUACCAUCCCAUUUUUGUUUCUGUCAUCAUGAUGGUGACUGGAUGCCUUGUAUAGGGCCCCAUGUCUUAGUUGCAAACAUUUUGAUGCAUGGGAGCAGUAGGUUUGGAAUUUAUGGACUAAACCUUUUAUGGACGUAACCUUUUUUACAUUUCUGACAGCCAACCUCCAUUGAGAGAUCUGGUUGUUAAUACACUGUAAUAAAACAACUUUUUGUACAUUUAACAAUUUUAGUCACAGACCUGAAGGUGAACAGUGGUGGAUAUUUACCUCCCUGCUUUGCAGCUUGGUGAAUAUCCACCACUUUCACUGACACUGACAGAAGUGAAUAAAUUUGUUAGUAUAUACCACAUAGAUACCAAAAAAUUAGUUUAUUUCUUUCAAUAUACCAAAAACUGGUCAGAAAUCAAACUCUUAACAUGUGAUUUUGUCUCACAUGCUGCAUGGAGGUGAAUAGUACUUAGUAUUCACUGAAUGGAACCAGCCAAUCAGCACAUGCAAAAAGCACUAUUUACUUGUUUGGUGUGUACUAAAAUUGUAUAUUAUAUUAACACACUGUAGGUGACGAAACCAAGAUAAAAGUUGUUGACUUUGGAAAUGCAAUUCACUGGGUUCAUAGAGAGGUACAUGUUAUUUCUAUUAUUUGGUGAUUUUAGUGACUUAAUUUUAAAUGUGUGCAGCUAGAUGCAUCAGAAUUGUUGUACUGCAGACUUUAUGAACCCUUUACACCCUAACAUCAAUAUGCAUAUUCUCUUUACUGCUCUCAUACAUUUGCUGAAGCACUGACAAGGAGAAUUUCUUUAAAAAUCAAGAGCUUUAUAGGUUGGUGAUCAUUUCCUUGAUUCCUGUGACUUUAAUGUUUGAUUUAAGGAUGAUAAUGUAAGGAGAAAUUAGAAGCUGAUCAGUCUUAGAGGUUAAAGGGUUCAAGAUCCUAUUCUAAGUAUAAUGAAAGGCAAAUUCUGUUCAGAGGGCAAGGGCUCAUACCAGCUGUGAAAAACUGUUUACAGAGAAUUGUGUGCUAUGUGCUUACCCCUUUAACAUGUAACUUCUCCCUAGAAUAUCCAUACUUUAUCCAGCAAAUAGUUAAUGAGAAUACACAAACUUAUCAGGUAGAAGUUCUUAGGUUGAUCAAGUAUCAGAUUCUCAUAAGUAAUUUAUAAGAAAAUGUGAGGCAGCUGAAGGGGAGAAGCUACAGCCAUUUUGAUCACUUUGACAAGUGAAAAUAUAUUUGGUGACUUUUGCCAACAUUUUAGUCAUUUUAACAUUUUAGUUAAUUGAUGACUAACAGAUAAGAAAAAAGAAAAAAGAGGCAGCCAAAAAUUUUUAAAUGGCGACCAUUUUAAAUUUGAAGGUUGCCAAAAGGCAACUCUUUGGAAAAAUGAGCUUGGAGCUCUGUCAGCCACCAUUAGUAAUGACAUGAUAAAUGUUCAAAAUAUUUAAUUUAAUUCUUAUUUUCUUCUGUUUAAUUCUGUCAGGUUUCCUUGUAUUAUGAUGAGUUUGAACUACAAACUUUACUUUACAGAGCUCCUGAGGUAAAGUAAAGAUAUUGCUGUUUUCAUGAAUUUGGAGACAAAAUUAAUUUUACAUGUAGGUUACAUGCAUGUAACUCCAGUGUUUUCCUAAUCAAUCCAAGGCAAAUAAAGCUAGAUUAAACUAUUUUAUUUGGACUUGUAUGAACUGAAGUACUCUAUGAAAGAUGAUCAGUGAAGUUCUGCAGUUUUGUGUUUCAUAAAACAACUUAAUGUGGUUGGCCUGUUGCAGAUGGAAAAUUCUGUUUUGUGGUGACUAUCAUCUCAAGCAAUGUAUCAGAAAACAUAUUUAAAUUCACACAAUUAUUUUACCAUGACUGUAUGUCAGGUGCAAAUAGAUGGGGGAUGUACAUAUUAGGGCUGUUUUUAAGUGUUUGUUGGACACUUGAAUUUUAAAGUUCAGUCUGUGGAAGAAGGUCCCACUAAAUGUUGUUUAAUGCAAUGAGGUACAGUGUCCUCUACUUAAUAAUGUUGAUGGCAGUCAGUUGAAACUGAAAGCACUGUGUCAAUUCUUUCCAGGUGAUGUUUGGUGUUCCCUUUGGCCCUGAGAUUGACAUUUGGUCUUUGGGAUGCAUUGUAGCUGAGGUUGGUUAAUUGACUUGUAUGUUCUCACCAUAAUUAAAAUAUCGUUAAUGAUUGUUAUACCAUCAGUCAGAGCUAAUAAGAGAUGAUACUUGGCAGUUUUAUGAUGGAUAUUUUUCUGUAAGGGGGGAGGAGAACUCACCCAGCCAUUAAUGUUACUGGUGAGGAAAUGAAAUAAUGUCCUUUUAAUAUGAACAUUGGUUUCAGUUGUAUAUAGGCAAACCUUUAUUUCUGGGAGGAAAUAGGACUAAAGUGUUGCAAGAGGUAUGUUUUUGUUUUGUUUUUUUAUUAUUGGCACUUAUACAAGCUGUUUAUGACCUAAGGUAACUAAUACACUAAUAAGAAUGCAGUAACUGCCUUUCUGGCUACACUUUAUUUAGACUUCCUCUAUUUUGGGGAAGUGUGAAUACAAACAAAAUUGCAAUUAGCUUGCAAUUCUUGACCUUCUGGGUACUGUUCUUUGUAAGUUCAAUCAAUUUUUUCCAAUUCUUUUUCUUGCUUGGUUGCAGGUAACCAGUAUUCUUGGUCCCAUACCCUGGAGUCAAUUCCAUACUGGAAAAUGUUUUGAAGAUUUGUCACAGUUUAUAGGUCACCACAACUCAGCUAAAUUCAAGUUUAAGAUGAUUCAAAUGUAAUCAAGUUAUCUCAAACUUUUUUGGUAAUCCUUACUUAGUCCUCAACAUCAUUUAAAUGGUCUCUGCAAAUAUUUUAUAAAUCCAGGUACACAACUUAAAUAAACAAUUGAUUUAACCCUUUAACUCCUAAGAGUGACUAACAUCCAAUUUCUCCACACAACAUCACCCCUGAAUCAAACAUCAAGGUCAUGAGAAUAAAGGAGAUGAUCACCUACUAAAGAAGCUCUUGAUUGUUGAACAAAUUCUCCUUGUCAGAGCCUUAGGAAAUUUCUAGAGAGUAGUAUGGAGAAUAUGCAUACUGAUGUUAUGAAGUAAAGAGUUAAGAUACAUUAGCAAAAUAGCAAAAGACGACUUAUCCUUUGUAUGAGGGAGGAACCAUCGGAAAGAGAGCGAUGCUUAGAGGUGGUUCAAGUGAAAAUUUAAAAUAAUUCAUACAUGGGAAGAUUUCUGAAAAAAAACAUCAUGCACAAUGAGAUGUCCAGAAAAAAAGUAUCCUUUCAUUCACCUUUCCAACUCUUUCUGCUCCCAAAAAAUGAAUCAACAAAAACGUCUAUAAGUACAAUAAAUUUUUAUGGGAAAAAAUCCCACAUAGAAAAUACUGUAGGAAUCAACACAUGUAGGCUCUUUACUCACUUAAGACUUUUUUUUUUUCAUUGCUUUUAGAGGACAAUCACCUGAAAUGUGUGACUAAUGUGAUGCUAAAACUCCAUAAUUCAAGAAAUUUCUCUUUUGCACGUUUCUUAGUUGGCUUGCUGAAGUAUAAACCAGGUAAGUAUACGGAAUUAUCAUAGUUUGUGUAACUUUUACUUGAAACACUUUGUUUGUUACAGUCGUUAUCCUGCAAAACAAUGCCAAACGCACUGACACGUGAAAAACAAAAAACCAACCUUUGUUCUUUGCUUUGUAUCACGAUCUCAGGUGAAAGACUUACACCUUAUCAAGCUGCUGCGCAUCCAUUUUUGGCGCCAGAGUGUUCCUUUGCAAAUUUAUUGCCUCAACAAGGAGAUAAGAAAACAGGUUUGUUCUUGCCUUCCAUUGAACUGCAUAAAUGCAAAUUGGCCCUAUGCCGUCGCCAUGAAACGAACUUCUGACAAAGAAAUUUACCUUUCACAUAGGAAUCACCUUUUUUACAGUUUCUCAGACUUCGUCGUUUAUGUAGUGACGACUCUGAUUUUUCUGAAAAAUCAGAGGCAACGUGCUAGUUUUUCAAUAAACGUGGUUAUCUUGUUUCUGUCGUUCAAGCGGGCCACCGCCGUGCCCAACAAAUUGAUCGACAUUCAGCACUACAAACGGUUCAGAAAGAAGAUGCCGAUCGCAUUCCAUUCACUCUCACAUUUCACCCUCACAACCACGCAGUUGAAUCUAUCAUUCUUAAAAACUUUCAAUUACUUCAAAACGAUUCAGAGACUGGUACGAUCUUUUCGCAACCUCCACUAAUUUCAUUCAAACGUGACAGAAACAUAGGCAACUUUUUGAUCAGAAGUUCAUUUCAAACCAGUGACUAACCUGGAACUUUUAAAUGCGCUCGCUCACGAUGCAAAACUUGAAUGAAGCAAGACUUGUUUUCAUCCGAAAUCUCCCUGGAAGGUGUAGGGCAGUUAAUUUCAAGUUUGAUUAAGGUAUUGGGAAACCUUUAUCAAUCAAAAUAUAAUAAAAUACCUCUGUUACGUUAUUUCCAGAUGCUGGAAGCUGCGCAGACAUUUCGUUUCCCACUGAGUAUAACUUCAAACCAUACGUUGACGAGGAAGUUAAAAGGCAACAUUUUUCUGGAACUGAACUCUUAAAGAAGGGAACUACUGUAACUGCUUCUUCACCAAAACACUUUCAGAGCAAACAGGAGAAUGCAACAUCUCUGAGGGCUGGAAAUUUACAUUCUCAAAGAGAAAAGGUGACAAUUAAUGAGAAAUCUCGUCGGGAAGACCAGUUGCUUCAAGAAAAUUUCAGUUAUGCCAUGGAAGGUCCUCUUGCCACAGGAUACCCUAAAUCAACUCACCAACAGAACGAGACGUGUGCCGUUUUUAAAGGAAAUACAUGCACUGAUGAUAUUGAAGAAGAACGUAAACAAGUCUCGGACAGGCUCAUGUCUACUCUCCUGACUCCGACAAAUCUUUCUUUGGGAAAAAUUUCAGAAAAAAAAGAAAAGUGUAAUGAGAAGGAUUAUUUGCCAGCAGGAACUAAUAUUACUUGUCCUAAUAAUGAGUUCGAAAGACCUUUGGCGAGAUUCGUGUACAACAAAAGCUCCUGUUUUAAGCGCAAAAGUGAUGUCUUUAAAGACACUCAUGUAGAAGACGGAAGCCUCCAAAAGUCUCACGAACUUUCUUUAUUUGGGGUUAAGAACUUUGGAAGCACAAACUUACUUGAGCAUCACAACAGAUUUAAUAUUGCUGGAAAACUAGGAUUUGAUGUGGGCAACUCUUCCUCAGGUGGAGAAACAAAUGCUGCCGCAAGAACUCGUGUCUAUCAUAGGGAAACAAAAUCUACCAAAGUAGAGAUUGGGUAUACUAAACAUGACGGUGUCGCUGCAGUCCAAAUGGAGGUACUUGUAAAUGAAUCUCCUUGUUGGGCGGCAAAAGCAACUGUAACAGAUGUGAAUCUUCAAGCGAAGUUUAGAGUGGGAAAGGUUCGUGACGCAUAUUCGCAUUUUGUGGGUGCUUUUUUUCUAAAUGCACGUGCGUUUAUUUGGAAGCGAUUUCCGGUUAAUGUCCAUACUCCUUAAUUUAGUAGUUGAUCGCCUUUUUCAUGUUCAAUCAAUGACAUGUAGCUAGGUUGUGGAGACUAGUCAAUCAGUUAGGCAGGCAGGAAGGCAGUUGAUCUACAUUUUCAUGUAUCAACCAAUCACAUGGAGCUUGUUUGUGGAGACCAGUUAGUCAGUAGUUCAGUCAGUCAGGCAAACAGGCAGGCACGCAGCUGGCCAGGCAGUAAAUUUUUGGGCUUGACAGUCUGGCAAGCAGUCAACUGGUUAGCCAGUUGUUCAGUGCUUCACUCACGCAGGUAUGUGUGAGUUUGAUGGUCAGACAGACAAUGUGUCAGCUAUUCACUCAGUCAGUCAAUAAAUUAGUUUUUCAUUUAAUCAGCCUGAAAGGCAGGCAUCCAGCAUACAAAUCAAUCAAUCAGUCAGUAAAUCAUCCAGCUACAUCCAGGCACGCCUCCACCAGCGAAAAGAAAAAUCACCAAGAUGCUGGAAUAUUGAUCAAUCAUAACUUAACAAUCAGUUAGUCAGCGAGUGAGUCGGUCGGUCUCCUGGUCAUUCAGUCAGUCAAUGACUCAAUCAGGCUGGCAGUCGGUCAGGUGGUCUUUAAUUCAUUCAGUUUGUCAAUCAGCUUGUCAGCAAGUUGUCUUAAUCUCUUGGUUUUACCAAACAGGAAUCAGAAGAACAAGCAAAGCAGGACUCUGGAAAAGCCGCAUUCUCUGGAGCAUAUCAGAAUGAU